UACGCUCACAGACAGGCCAGUAGCGGAUACCCAGUGUCCAGAACUGGCCCUAAGCGAGAGCACGUGUCGAAAUGGAGGAAAUUAAGGUUCAAGUGAAAGAGAACUGGAAGCCAUUUUGUUCUAUUGGAUUAGGAUUACUCGGCACGGGAUAUGUGCUAAUCAGGAGCAAACAAUGGUACACCAAGCGAUUGUUACGAAAAAAGUGGGACAGUCUUCCCAAGGACACCGUUUACCUGCAUCAGUUUCACAGAUCUGCUACUUGUCCAAGCCCAUCGCCGUAUGUAUUGAAAUUGGAGUCCUACCUAAGAGCCACUCAAAUACCGUAUACAACUGGCUUUGACCAAGCUCAAGGUCCCAAGGGCAAAGCUCCGUGGAUGACCAUUAACGGACAUGAUUUAUCGGAUUCACAAUUAUGUAUCAAUUUCUUGAACGAUAAAUUCGACAAAGAUCUGGAUAGCCAUCUAUCUGCGGAGCAAAAAGCGACUUCUCAUUGCGUUCGGAUCAUGAUAGAGGAGCAUUACAUGUGGGCCUUUGCCAUGGAUCGGUACGUCUUUUCCAAUCAAGACUUCACCAAAUGGUUGGUUCUGCCUGGGAUUCCAAAAUGUUUGAUCAAUUCUUUGGUAAAGAUGUUCUCAUCCAUGGUGAAGAAGGGGGCCUAUGUUCAAGGGAUUGGUAGGCACAACCGUAAAGACAUUGAGGCCUUUGGACUCACCGAUCUGGGCUUCGUUUCGACCAUCCUUGGGAAUAAGAAGUAUCUGUUCAGUGAUGAGCGGCUUUCGGAAGUGGAUCUGAUCAUAUUUGCUACGGUGGCCGAGAUUCUCACGUGCUCGCCGGAUUCCAGUAUUUACGCCAUCGCCAUAAAGAAUGAUUUUCCCAACCUUGAGCGGCAUUUUCUUAUGAUGAAAAAUCAAUUAUGGCCAGAUUGGGAGAAUCCCAAAAAUGAAAUGAUGGAAAAGGAAUGAUGUAUUGCAAGUAUUCAAUGUCAAUGGGUGUACCUAAAAAGGAAAUAUACACUAAACUUUUA